ACUGAAAUGGAAAUUAUCCAUCUGCUUCUAUUUUUAUCUACAGCAACUGUAGUCCAUACAUCGUCAUGCGGUGAAUCAGCUAUUCCAUUCAGUUUUGAAGCUUUGGAAAAUGGACAACCAGUAUUGGGUUGUGCAAGACCAACCUGUUUUGGAUGGACCGCAGAUGCAAAGCCCGUAUCCUCAAAUGCCCAGUUCUAUCGAGUUAAUGGUGUUCCAGAUGGAUUUGUUCGUAAGAAUACCGAAUUGCCACCAAAACGUUAUGGCGAAGAUCGACUGAAUUUCCAACAACAAACAGCUUUUUGUGACAGCUCUUUCGAUAAAACUUCAUGUGCCUUCGAAGGGCAAUGGGUGGGUGGUAUUGGACCAGUAUCAAAUACAAGCACUGACCAGCUUUCCUUGCAGUGCUGUUCUUAUGAAGGUCUUCGUCAUUCAACUGAUCGUGGCGUUGCAGUUGUAAAGCCUGGACAAAUUGUCAUCGGUGGUGAGGUGACAAAAAAAGGACGUCAGUAUGCAUUUGACUACAUUUCUGAUAUUCAACAGACGCAACGUUAUAUAGCUACAGUUCAAGCUCAAGCACAACCACAACCACAACCACAAGUGCAGCAGUACUACUAUCCAGUUCAGCAAGUUGCUCAACCUCAGUAUCAGUAUUAUCAACCACAAUAUUAUCAACCAGCUGCUGCUGCGCCAGCUGCUGCCCCAGCUGCUGGUUCAGGAUUUUACGGCGGUAUGGGCGGAUUAUUGUGCUUCUCUGCUGACACUCUCGUUCAUACUUCGCAAGGCAAAGAUGUUAGGAUGGAUGAAUUGACUCUCAACGACUGGGUUCUUUCCAAACAAGGAAGCUCACUUGUUUAUCUACCACUGAAGAUGUGGUUACAUCGUCUACCAAGCCAGAAAGCUGAAUUCCAGAAGCUUGAACUCGAAGAUGGAACAAGCCUUAAACUCACGAACUUGCAUUACAUCUACAGAACGUCGUGUGAAAGUAAGGUUUUUUAUAUUGGAGAACGUGUUAACACAGCAUUCAUCAACGAUAAAGCCGUAAGAGCAGAAGAAGUUAGAGCCGGCGACUGUCUUUACCAAGUAAAGGGUGAACAGGUAAACAGAAAAAAUUUGUUUGUUAACGAUACAGGCAUUUACGCCCCUCUUACGACUUCUGGAGAUAUUGUGGUUAAUGGAAUUUAUGCCUCAUGCCAUGCAGUUCUGCACAGCAACAUUAUGCAGUCAACAUUCUUCGAGGUUUUUAAAGCUUCUAUUUUGAGAGCUGCCAAACUUACAGUACAGAUACCAAUUAAGGAUAUUCCUUUCGGGACUGAAACUUUCGCUAGUAUGAUUGAUUUGGUCCUACCGAAAGAUCUGCAUACAUUUUAA